UUGUCGGCAGGCAAGAGUCCUGUGUCAGUUGGUGGAGCGAAGCCGUCGACGAAGGCACCUGUUGCUUCUAGUUCCGACUCCGAUUCGAGUGAUGACGAGGUUCCUGUUGUUUCGAAGAAGCCUGCAAUUGUGAAACCGAGCACGCCGUCCUCGAAAGGUGUGAUUGGCGGAGUUGUUGGUGUUUCGGCUUCCGGUGUUAAGUCUCAGGCGAAACGCGGUGCUCAGCCGUCCAGUUCGGAUUCCGAUUCCAGUGACGAUGGUGUUUCCGCGGUCGCGACGAAGAAGCCCGCAUCGUUGGUCACGCGGAAGAGCCGGUUAUCCAGUGGUGAUGAUCUAGUCGCUUGUGGAAGGGUUCCAUGCAGACGUCGUGCUUUCGCCCCGUUCCCUGCCGGUGUUGGUACUGGUGUUGAAAGACCGCCGUUAAAAAGGAAUAAGGGCAAUUCGGGUGAUGGUCGCCGAAAUUCCGUUCCAUUCCGUGGUGUUACCGAAGAUUCUGUGAGGUUGGAUCCACGUCUGGCUGACAAUUCUUUCGAUGCCAAGCUAAAGGCGCAAGGUUCGUGA